UACAGAUAUCAGAGAGCUGAUGAUAUUCCUCCAGUUAUGUAUAGAUAUCAGCAUAGGGAAGACAUUAAUCCAGUAACAUUUAGAGGUCAACGAAUUGAAGAUACCACUCCAGUUGCACAUGCAGCUCAGUGGACACAUUUCGAAAAUUUUACACGAAGUACCUCAACGCAAACAUCGCCGGCGCAACUCUCCCGAAGUGACGUGUUUGUAUAUUUGUAAAUUUCUUUCGAGCAAAGCUCAAAUAUUGUUCGUUCAAACUUCACGAACCGUGAAGAAAUAGAUUAAAACCUCGCUUUAAGAGCCACGAUCGCGAUCAAAUGACGCAUGUCUUUUGACUCGAACCAGCACGGAAAUGACAGCUCGAAUUUAACGGCGAAUUUGACCAAAAGAAAAGGGAAAAAAUCCGAUCGAAACGGCCAGUAUUCGAACGGUGCUCACCUCCCUGACGUUCAAAUGGUCCCUAAAAUUCGUGUGGUUUCGGGCGGCUAUGAACCGGUCACUGUCAUCCAAGAGGACCGAUCUGCUAGUGAUCUUGAAAAUGGCGAUGCUUUUGCCCAAACAGACGAACAUCAGCUUGAAAAUGGCCAUUUAGUUGAACAAAAUUUUGAAAAUGAAAUUGGUGAUGCGAAAGCCAAGGAAGAAACUUCUUUUACUAUAGCUUUUGAAGUUUUGAUACCGUUUCUCAUAGCUGGUUUAGGCACUGUUGGUGCCGGAUUAUUAUUGGAUAAAGUACAGGUAUAAAUAUUUAUGAUAUUGUAUGAAUUUAAUAUACCUCUGUAAAAUCCGCCGAUGAGAAAAGUUGAAAAUUUUUUUAUGUUGACUCAUUUUAUUUAAUUGGUUAAUAUCCAAUAAUUAAAAUUGGAAUUAUUGCUAGGCCCAUGGUCUCUAUUUGACAAUCGAGGGACUGUUGACAAGUAGAAUUUAUCUGGCUUCACAGACGUACGGGAGAGGGUUAGCUCAGAAUGUGUGAUUAAAAUAGAUCUGACAAAUCUGGCUAAGGGCCUGUUCAUAUGACCUCGGCUGACUUGCAAGUGGCAGUAUUUCUGCUGUCUAGAAGGAAAGGGGAGAAAACAUUGUUUCUGAUAAUCGUAAGUGUAUUUAGGACAUCUGAAGCGGGUAGCGGGCUUAACUUCCAAUUUCCUCCGUGGGGGCGGUAUGGAUGUUUUCUGGAAUGAUCCAGUAUGUUAAAGUUCGAUGCAGUAAACAUAAUGCACACAUUCUAUUUUUUAGCAUGACGAUGUAUUUGAACAAAUUAGCGAGAUCUUUAUCUUGGUCCCUGCACUUCUUGGUUUGAAAGGAAAUCUUGAAAUGACACUCGCUUCUCGACUUUCAACUGCUGUAAGUUUGAACUAAACUCAAUAUACCAGAGAAUAUUUUUUUGAAUGAAUGAAUGAACGAAUGACUUUAUUUCAUGAACUAAAGUCGUUCAUUCCUAGAUAAUUUUCCUUGUUUGCUUUCGUAAUUUUCUUGGAAAUGUUUUUGUUAGGCAAAUGUUGGAAGUAUUGACAGCAAAUCUGAGCAAUGGAAAUUAAUAACUGGAAACAUGGUUUUAAUUCAGGUAUGUAAGACAAUUAACAAUUAUUGAAUGAGGUUGAGCACAAUAUGAAGAAUUAUCAAGCCC